GCCGAUCUACCAGAGAUGGACAUCGACGACAUCAUCCAGCGCCUCCUCGACGCCGAGCACAGCUCGCCGGAAGACCAUCCGCCGCUCUCCAACGCCGAGAUCAAGCUCCUCUGCGCCGCCGCCACGAAGGUCCUCCUUUCCCAGCCCACGCUCCUGCGCCUCGACGCCCCCAUCAACAUCUCCGGUGACAUCCACGGGCAGUACUCCGACCUUCUUCGCAUAUUCCGUGCGACCGGGUUCCCGUCGGACGCCAACCGCUACCUUUUCCUCGGCGACUACGUCGACCGCGGUAGCCGCAGCAUCGAGACCAUCUGCCUCCUCCUCGCCUACAAGGUCAAGUACCCCGACGCCUUCUUCCUCAUCCGGGGAAACCACGAGUGCUCCUCCGUCAACCGCUCCUACGGCUUCCUGGACGAGUGCGAGAGACGAGGCCUGGAGAAGGACAAGCUCUGGAAUACCAUCAACGGCUGCUUCGACUGCCUACCGCUGGCGGCGCUCGUCGGAAACAAGAUCGGCAAGAAAAUCUUCUGCGUGCACGGCGGCCUGUCGCCGGAGCUGGAGAGCAUGGACCAGAUACGCCGAGUCAAACGCCCACUGCCGGUCCCCGACGAGGGCCUCGUGUGCGACCUUCUCUGGUCGGACCCCGACGCCGCCGACGAGUGGGGGUGGGGCGAGUCGACCAGGGGCAGGUCCGUCACGUUCGGGUCCGACUUGGUGGAGGAGUUCGUGGAGAAGAACGGGCUGGCCAUGGUGUGCAGGGCGCACGAGGUGAAGCAGGGCGGCUACGAGUGGUUCGCGGACAGGAAGCUCGUCACCGUCUUCUCCGCGCCCAACUACGCCGGCCAAUGCGACAACGCCGGCGCGGUCAUGACCGUGGACAGAAAUCUCACCUGCUCCUUCCACAUCAUCGAGCCAGCAGACAAGAUAUUAUUUCACUUUACUAGUAUGAGUGAUGUUUGUCUCCAAUUGAACUGCUAUUGGUCGACCUUGUUACAACACAUGGAUCUGAAGUACAUUCGCGAGGAACAAACACAACACGUGUGUGCGGGCUUCGGUCUGCGAUAA